AUGCCUCCGUCCCGACGACGAGUCCUGAAGGGCCCGAAAAGGAUCCCCAGAUUGCUCCUGUUCAUCGCUUUGCUGCUGAUGCUCUUCGAACAAAAGUGGGCAACAGGCUUGAUGAGUAAUUCAGUGGACGACUGGGUGAGCGGCAGCGCCGUCGUCUGCAAUGGGAUUCCUGGACUGACCAAGGAGCAGAGGGAACUAUGCCACAGGAGCCCCGACGUGACAGUGGCAGCCUUGAAAGGCCUGCAAAUGGCCAUUUCGGAAUGCCAACAUCAGUUCACCUGGCACAGGUGGAACUGCUCCUCUCUGACGCCGAGCAGCAGGAACCAGCAGAGCAGCGUCCUUCUUCAGCGUGGUUACAGGGAGACGGCAUUCGCCUACGCGAUCUCGGCCGCCGGGGUCGCUCACAGCGUGGCCAGGGCGUGCAGCAUGGGUCGACUUCUGUCCUGCGGAUGCGACCCCUCCAGCUACAAGGGCAGGACUCCUGCCAAAGCCCGCGGGACCCAGUGGAAGUGGGGCGGGUGCUCGCAUAACCUGGAGUACGGGAUGGAGUUCUCCAAGGAGUUCCUGGACAGCCGAGAAAAGGCCGGGGACAUCCAGUCGACGGUCAACCUGCACAACAACCAAGCAGGACGGCUGGCUGUCGCCAGCAACAUGCAAGUCCGCUGCAAGUGCCACGGGAUGUCGGGCAGCUGCGAGCUGAAGACUUGCUGGAAAGUGACCCCAGACUUCCGGAUAGUGGGAAAGACGCUGAAGGAUCGAUUCAAGAACGCUGUGUUGGUCGCCCAGAGCAACCUGGGGAGCGUCACCCCCUUGACAAGGGUUAGGGGGUCCAGAAGACGACGUCCGGAUAGGCAGAGACAGCGCAAGCAUCGCGGAGGACGUCGAAGGCGACCGAGAGACCUGGCCAAGCAGCUCUUCUACUAUCAGAAAUCCCCGAAUUUCUGCGAAAGAGACCCUGCAGCUGACAUCCCCGGUACAGCAGGUCGCAGGUGCAACAGGACCAGCGGGGGCGGCGACGGGUGCGCCGCGUUAUGUUGCGGCAGGGGGUACAACGUCGUCAGACAGAGACGGACGGAGAGGUGCAGGUGCAAGUUCCACUGGUGCUGCUUCGUCCAGUGCCAAAACUGCACCGUCGAAGAGUGGAUCACGGUCUGCAAGUGA